ACUCGCGUUUUGGACUGAACCUCUGCACUCUAUCUCUGUUAUGCAUUUCACCGGAAGUUUGGCGUUUGCUCGUCAUCGGAAUUUCUGCCGUUUAAUGCUUCGGGAGCUCCGGUGAAGUAAUUCCAGUCAGGUUUCCGCCCGCUGAGAUAUGUUCAAGUCGGCGAGAUGGAGGAGCGAAAAGAACAAAAUCAAAGCAGUUUUCAAGCUGCAAUUCUAUGCGACUCGAGUGCCGAGGUCAAAUGUGGAUGGAUUGACAAUAUCUGUGGUUCCUGGAGAUGUGGGAAAGCCAACAAUAAGAUUAGAGAAGGCUAUGGUUCGAGAAGGAUGCUGUCGGUGGGGAAAUCCGGUCUAUGAGACUGUUAAAUUUGUAAGGGAGCCACAAAGUGGGAAGAUCAAUCAGAAAAUAUAUCAUUUUAUUGUGUCAACGGGAUCGGCGAAAGGUGGUUUGAUUGGUGAAAUUUCCAUUGAUUUUGCUGAUUAUGUUGAGUCAUUCAAGGCUUCUGCUCUUUCUCUUCCUUUUAAGAAUUCGAACUCUAAAGCAAUUCUGCAUGUUUCAAUACAGAGGGUGCAGGAAAAUGCUAAUCAAAGAGAGGCAGAGGAAGAGGAAGAAAGUGAAGAUGCAAGCUUUAAAUCCCAAGAUAGGAGCUUGAAGGCUCAUUUAAGCAUUGUUGAUGCAGAAGAAAGCAUUACAGAUGAUGCCAAUGAAGAUGGACCUUACAACAAAACCAGCCACAAUGUUGAAUGUAAUUUGAAUCGUGGAGUGUCCUGUGGAUCUGACAUUACCAUUUCAAGUUCUGACAAUAGCUCUGGAUUCAAUACUCCACGAGAACUUGGAGUGAGAAAUAAUAAUGUCCAUCAAGACCCUACUAACCAUCCUUCAUCUCUAAACCACACCCCAGUGCCUCAUAUACCAACAGAAAAUGCCUUGAAAACAACCUUUGAAGAGAAUCACAGAUCCCAAUGGGAAUGGUUAGCAGUUUCCGACCAUGGAAUGAGCAUUGAUGAGUCUACCAAUAGUUCUCAAGAUACCUUUCCAGAAGAAAGGUCAGAACAUGCUUCAGAUAAAGAGAUUGAAAAACUCAAGGGUGAGCUUGUUGCCUUGAACAGGCAAGUGGAUGUGUCGGAGUUGGAGCUGCAGACCCUCAGAAAGCAAAUUGUAAAAGAGAGCAAAAGGGGGCAUGAUCUCUCACGAGAAGUUGUUUGCUUGAAAGAGGAAAGGGAUGCCGUCAAAGUGGAGUGUGAGAAACUGAAGUCCUUUCAGAAGCGAAUGGAUGAUUCAAAAGCAAAAGGCAGGUUGCAGCUUGAGUGCGGGGACCCCUUGGUUAUUCUUGAAGAAAUCAGGCAGGAAUUGAGUUAUGAGAAGGACCUGAAUGUCAAUCUGCGGUUACAAUUGCAGAAGACACAGGAAUCAAACACUGAGUUGAUUCUGGCUAUACAAGACCUUGAAGAAAUGUUGAAUGAGAAGGAUGGGAAGAUAUCAAAUCCUCCAAGCAAAUCAGGGCCACAGGAGAAUGCUGCCUCAAGAAGUGAUACAGAUGAAGAUGAAGAGCAAAAGGCUUUGGAAGAGCUUGUUAAAGGGCAGAGGGAUCCCAAGGAAACCUAUCUGCUUGAGCAAAAGAUCUUGGAUCUCAAUAGUGAGAUAGAGAUCUACAGGAGAGAUAAAGAUGAAUUAGAGAUGCAGAUGGAGCAGCUUGCACUUGACUAUGAGAUUCUGAAGCAGGAAAACCAUGACAUGUCAUAUAAAUUAGAGCAGAGCCAGCUGCAAGAUCAACUGAGGAUGCAGUGUGAGUGUGCAUCUUCCUUUGCUACUGUAAAUGAACUUGAGAAGCAAAUUGACAGCUUGGAAACUGAGCUCAAGAAGCAGUCAAAAGAAUUCUCUGACUCAUUAGUGACUAUAAAGGAACUUGAAACUCACGUCAAAAACUUGGAGGAAGAACUUGAGAAGCAAGCACAAGUCUUUGAAAGUGAUCUAGAAGCUGUAACACAUGCCAAAGUUGAGCAGGAGAAGAGAGCCAUCAGAGCAGAGGAAGCCUUGCAACUGUCAAGAUGGAAAAAUGCAAAUACAGCUGAAAGGCUACAGGAUGAACUGAGAAGGCUCUCUAUGCAAAUGGCCUCUACAUUUGAUGCUAAUGAGAAGUUGGCCGCAAAAGCACUGACAGAAGCCACUGAACUACGCAUGCAGAAAAAUCAGCUGGAAGAACUGCUCGUGAAAGCUCAUGAGGAGCUCCAGUUAGCUAGAGAGGACUAUGAAGCAAAAUUCUGUGAGCUUUCCAGCCAAGUAAAUUCAAAAUCAGAUCAGAUAGAACAGUUGCUGGAGGAUAUUGAUGAUAAAUCGAAGCAGCUCCAACAUCAAAGGCAGCAUGAGGAAGAAGUUAGUGGGGCUUUGUCCAAGGAGAUUAUCAGCCUAAAAUCUGAGAUUGAAAAGUUGGCAGCAGAAAGAAAAAUACUCCAUGAAAGAGCAGAACAGAGACAAAAUAUAAGCCUUGAGUUGAAAAGGAUGAAAACAUCACUAAUAGAAACAGAGGCACUGGUGCAAAGAUUAAAUGUGGAAAGAAAUCAGCUGGUUAGUACAAUUGCUUUGCUGAAGAAGGAAGCAGAGAAGUCAUUAGAUGAGUUGCAAAGAAUGAAGCAUCUCAAGGAUCAAAAGGAGACUGCUGUUAACUUCUUAGAAUCAGAGUUGGAUUCACUCAAGGCUCUGUGUAAUGAAUUGAAGCAUUCCCUGUCUGAAGACGAGGUUGAGAAAGAAAAACUUACAAAGCAAGUGUGCCAGUUAAAGGAUGACCUUAAAAAGAAGGAAGAUGCACCCACUGGCAUGGACAAGAGGCUGAAUGAUAAUAGUGGAAGAGCAAAGUUUUCUGAUGCAGCAAAACCAACUUCGAGGAAUAAUAGAGCUGCUGCAGUCCCUCAUGGCUCAAAGGAGGUUGCAAGCCUGAGGGAAAAAAUAAAACUGCUUGAGGGACAAAUAAAGUCAAAGGAAAUUGCUUUGGAAGCAUCCGCAAAUUCAUUUCUGGAGAAGGAAUAUGAUCUUCUGAAGAAAAUUGACGAGUUAGAAAGCAGAGUGGAGGAACUCAAUCAGCAAUGCUCCACUUUCUCUGAAUAUCAAUUUCAAAAGGAAUCUAAAGAUAUAACCGAGGUAACAUCAGAUGGUGGUGUAUCUGAGGAAUUGAGAGGAACAGCUGAAUAUCCAAUUUCUGUCAGAAGCAACAAUGGCGUUUUACUGGAGGAAAUACCAAAGGCCUCAAUUGCUAAUAAUAGAGACUACAUCCAGGAAGAAGUAUUAGCUGAGUUAGCAUUGCUUAAGGAAACAAACAAAUCCAUGGAAAUUGAACUGAAGGAGAUGCAAGAACGGUACUCAGAAAUAAGCCUCAAAUUUGCAGAGGUUGAGGGUGAAAGACAACAACUUGUGAUGACAGUCCGAAACCUCAAGAAUGCCAAGAAGAGCUAAAAUAUUUGUUUCAUUCAUAACCUAUAUAGUCCACGUGUAGCCCUAGCAGUUUGAUUUGGCCACAUACACACACAAUACAUAGAUGCAGUGGUUCCUUUUGAAUGAAUAAAUUAAGUUUGUACAAAUUAGGUAAAAAUUUGCCCACAAGUUUUUGAAUGAAUGUCAUUAUCUCAU